AUGCUAGCACUGGUGCUCAGCUUCUUCCUCCUCAUUUUCCAAAGCCCAAGUCUUGCUGAUGAUACAGUGGCAGAGGACAUUGGGCCUCACCAGCUGGAGCGUCUGGUGGAGCUGCUGACAGCUCAUGAAUGUGAGGAGCUCAUCUCUGCUCUAUCUCAACCUGAGGAGAGUAUCUUCCAACACUUGGAGCGACUAUCUGCAGAAAGGAACCAGUUACGAAGACGCAGAAACACGAACCAGCAGGCCCCCUGUCGCUCAGCGCUGAAAGAUUGGCUGCAGAUUCACGGGAAGGAGAUAUACUACGACAGGCUGUCUCGUGCACUGCAGCAGAUCGGCAGGACUGACAUUGCCAUAGAGGUGGGUAAGAACAUCAACCAGGACAAAACUCUUGCUAUGCAGAGAUAUGUGGAUGGCUACCAUGAACUUGUUAACCGAAUGGCCACCCAUCUGGAGAAGCAUGAAUCAGAAGAUCAUGAAGAUCAUAAGGAUCAUGAGGACCAUGAGGAGGUGCUGCAGUUCUCUGCAAAACAGGCUAAACAGUUCACCUGGAAAGACAUGGACUUGGUGGUGAGAAGGCAACCAGUGCCAUCUUUUCAACCCCAUCUGCUAGACAGAGUAUGGCCUCUACUUUACGGCCUCCUGCUUGGAUUUGCUGGCUCGCUGCUCAUAAGCGUGGCCGUCUUGCUUAUUAGCAUAUAUGUAUCCCAUGGCAACAGAACCAAAUCCAAGGCCGAGCAUCAGCCCUGUCGCUGUCCCCUCCUCAAUGUUGUGACAUCAGAGAUAUGCCGUCCAGAGGACAAGCAAAGACUGAAUAACGGAUGUUCGGGAGACUAA